GGGGGCUCACACUAAAUGACAUACGUUUCUAUCCAAUGGGACAAUGGAGUAAAACAAGACGGCAGCGAAUCAUCUUCUUCCAGCUAGCAGCCUAAAAGUAUUCACUUUUGAGGGGUUUAUACCUCUGCUGCUGGCCCCAAACAUGAGGAGAAUAUCCAGGAAGAAAGCUCUGACUCUGGUGAAGGAAUUAGAUGCUUUCCCCAAAGUGCCUGGGAGCUACGUGGAGACCACAGCCAGCGGAGGGACAGUCUCUCUGGUAGCUUUCUCCCUUAUGGCGGUCCUCGCCUUCCUGGAGUUCUUUGUGUACAGAAACACAUGGAUGAACUAUGAAUACGAGGUUGACAAAGACUUCACCAGCAAACUCAGGAUAAAUGUGGACAUCACAAUAGCCAUGAGAUGUCAGUACAUAGGAGCAGAUGUCCUGGAUCUGGCAGAGACUAUGGUUGCUUCAGACGGUUUAAAAUAUGAACCAGUCAAGUUUGAACUCCCACCAGAGCGAAAACUGUGGCAAAUGACCCUCCUGCACAUCCAGGAGCGUCUAAGAGUGGAGCACUCUCUGCAGAACGUUCUCUUCAAGUCUGCAGUGAAAGGAGCUGCUCCUGCUCCGAGUCAAAGUGAUGAUGGCUCCAGUUCACUCAGUGCCUGCAGGAUACAUGGACACAUGUAUGUCAACAAAGUGGCAGGGAAUUUCCACAUCACUAUCGGCAAGUCCAUACCUCACCCCAGAGGCCACGCCCAUCUAGCUGCACUUGUCAGCCACGACUCUUACAACUUCUCCCACCGAAUUGACCACUUGUCUUUUGGAGAAGAGAUCCCCGGACUGAUCAACCCUCUGGACGGCACAGAAAAGAUCACUGCUGACGCAAACCACAUGUUUCAGUACUUCAUCACCAUUGUGCCAACCAAGCUGAACACCUACAAAGUGUCUGCAGAAACACAUCAGUACUCGGUCACAGAGCGGGAACGCGUUUUAAACCACGCUGCAGGCAGCCAUGGAGUCUCAGGGAUCUUCAUGAAAUAUGACAUAAGCUCACUGAUGGUCAGAGUCACCGAGCAGCACAUGCCUCUCUGGCAGUUUCUCGUCAGACUUUGCGGCAUCGUUGGAGGCAUUUUUUCCACGACAGGCAUGAUCCACGGCAUGGUGGGAUUCGUGGUCGAUGUGGUUUGCUGUCGUUUCCAAAUGGGGGUCUACAAACGGAUGGAUGCUCCUCCAAGCGAACAAGGAGACGGUCAGUUUGUACUUCCUACAGAAAGUUACUCAGAGGAGUGACGGGAAAACUUUUCUUCUGAGCCAGGAGCAACACGAUGCUGCGUUUAUGUGGGUCAGUUGGGGUUUUUUAAACUUGUACCACCAACAAAUAUCCAGAAGCUGAAGUUUUCAAUAGACAUGUGUAGGCCCAGUUUCUGUAAAGCCUUUUUUUUUUUUUUUUAACCAGAACAAUUUUCAGAUUUCUGAACAGUUAUGAUAUUGAAACCCUGUAUGGGUGUACUGUGCCUUUAAAGGGGAAUAUCAUAGCAUAAUGCUUGUGUUAUUGGGGGAUAAUGUGAAUUAUAAUUAUUGAAUUUCAAACUGGCAGUGAUGCUCUGUCUUGGUUGAAAACUGAAUCACGUUUGAAGAAUUUAUUUAUUUGUAUUAACAUUGGAGAUUGUAAAGGAUUUGAAAUGCUCCCAUUUUGCUACACAAGUUUUUCCCCCAUUACAUCCCAAAGUCAGGAAUUAGAUCUGUGUUGUCAGUUUCUACUCAUGCCAUAUUCGUUUCUUUUACAUGGAUACAAAUUUGAUCCAGCGAAAUGAAUUAUGUGAAACCUCAAAACUUUACAAUAAAGUUUUAUGAGUCAUCCUUUUUCAUAUUUUGUGUUUGUGUGGCGGUAAAGGGUUUAAAGCACAAAUGUCUUUUUUAUUUCUUUACUUCACGGUUUGGAAGUUUUAUGCUGGAGGUGAAAAGCAGCAAUAACAUGCUCAAAAGUUUUGAGUUGAAUAUAGGUUAUCAGGUAAUAUAUUCACCCCAAUUUUUUCAACCUUCUGAGAGGAAAAGGUGUUAAAAACAUGUGAUCACAGAAGAUUCUCACUUUUUGUUUGCAUAAAUGCUAAAAAAUUAUUUAUAAACUCUUGGGACAUUUUCUAACUAUUAAACAUUGCAGAAGAGUCUCCAACAAAGUCUGUUUUACACCAUGUCAAGAGUUUAUUUGACAGUAUUUCAGAAUAUCUUUCAGUAAACAAGUUUUUUGUUUUUUAGCAAAAUGUAAUAUAUCAGUACUGUCGCAUUUCAUAAAAAUAGUUGUUCACGUCUUUGAAACUACAGUAUCAAUGAUACAGUAAACCAUAUUUGUAGGAAUACAGCUGUACAAGGUGAAUAUUACACAAUUAACACUACACAAUUAUACUGGAUCUCGAUGGGGGGAGGGGGGAAAUGAACUUGUCAUCCUUCACGAGUUCAAUAAGCAGUUUUUCUGUUUUGUUUUGUGUGACGUACAAACCCAGUCACAGCAGGCAGAGGGGGGCAGCCUGGAUGGAAACGGAGGGCUGGUUGACAUGUUCUCUGAGCUUUUCUACACACGUACAGAAAACACAUUUCUACUCCCUAAUGACAUGUUGGUCAGGGACCUCGCUAAAGCACGAAAGAGACCCCACAGUUCUGUCAGCGUGGAGCCAUCCAGACCAGGUGUGGCUGUGGAUUAACAUCAAUCCCUGGGACCCUCGGUGUAAAAGAUCUUACUAGUGACCCCAGAAUGCAGGUAGCUUCACAAAGAGCCCAUUCCCAGCAGUUUCCAGGUCUGGUGUGGGCGUGUCGUCAUGCUGUCCUCCGGUACUCAAAAGCUCCAGUGGUUCAUUUUUAAUAAUCUUGCAGAAAGAUUUAAAUGGCAUCCAAUUAGAGAACUGCAGGAGAAAAUCGACAUUCCCUGGAGCGUCUUAGUUUAACAGCAGCGUGCCUUAACCUCGACCAAACCCAACACAUUUGGUUAUUAAACAAAUAUGUUUGUGUUCAUGGGCUCACCAUGGGCCUGUGGCAUUAAUACAAACCUAAUGUUUCCUUAGAGAACAAACAAAAGUGAAACGGAAACCAUGACCCACUCUGAUGUUUAGCUCGUCUUGAUAAACAACUCCACAUUACUUCAAGGAGAGGAUGUGAUGCUACAGGCUACAUUUUUCUCCCCGUCUGAAUCACUCGGGGGACAAUUGCAAUAAUUGAGACGGCUGAUCUUUACAGCUGUAGAGUGCAUCCAGAUAGAUACUGCUUGGCGUUAACGUCUGAAGCAAAAAGAAACCAGGCUCCACAUCUCAGCCUGGUUCACCAAGUUCCCAAAAAGCAAAUCUCUGCAUUAGUUUGAGUAAGGCACUCCGCCUCACCUCAUAACCAUCGACCUCCUCCUCCCCUCUCCCACAGUGAUGUGGUACACUUAGCACAGUUAAAAGGCAUAGAAAUAGGAGACUGGACAAAGUGUUCCUGUUGGGCAUCAGAUGAAUACACACAGCUUUAUAACUCUGCACAAUGACUGCAUGGUUGAACUGUGAUCAGGUUGAGUACACAACUGAGAGAGGAGUAGUAUGAGUUCUUACUAAGCCAAAUGUUCUCAGUCUUUUGAAAGUGAUGAAUUAAAAACAUCCGAUUCAUCCUCCAGAGGUGAUAUUCCCACAGAGCUCUUCAGAAGGACCGACAUGUCUGGGAUCCAUGCACACUAACACCGCCUCCGUUUGCGGUCCGGUUUAGAGUCAGUGUUUGAUAUGUCGAUAUGGACAAGGCCAUGGAAACAGUGUUCCUAAAAUACUGUCCCAGGAUACUUAUCUGUUUUUUUCUUUAUCCUUAUUUUGUACAAUGUAUCUAACUACAACACUGCCUCAAAAACACCAACAGGUCUGCUUUUGAGUAUACAAAAUGUACAUAAUUUUCACAUCUUCUUUACAUUUACAGUAUAUAUUUGUAGGCAUGUAACAUAUGAAUCAAGAGCUCCAGCUUCCAACCUCUGUAACACUCAAAAAAUUUUUAAUCUUCCAUCUUCACAGAGAGACGGAGCAAAAAGAAGAUUUCCUGUGCUGAUGUACAGCAGGGAAAAUAAGUAUUGAGCACAAAAGAUUCUCAGUAUAUAUGUCACUAACAGCUCAAAUAAUCCAAAUACAGUGAAUUUAACACCAAUUAGUGCAUAAAUUAGUUUUUAAGUGUAAUACAUUGGAAUGAUACAGGGAACAAGUAUUGAAUACAUGAAGAAAAGAUACACAAAACAAGUAGAAUCUGUCAGAAUUU